UAUAAUAACUUUAUUUUUUUCUCUCAACCAAACGCAUGUCAAUGGAUAUGUUAUCAAGAAGAAGGAUUUAGGGUAAUAACGAACAUAAAAGUUUCCUAAAAAAAAGAAAAAAAAGAAAAAAAAGAACAUAAAGCAUACUACGGCCAUUGCAUAAACUUUUUGGAUAACAUUAUCCCAUGAGCGCGCGACCUCAUCCUACUCCUCGCGCCGGCUUCUUCUCCACGGUCCUCCUCGUGACGAGCAUGCUCUCACGACCUUCCUCUCCCUCCUCACCCCUGUCGACCUCGCCGACCACCACCCCACCAUAGGCACACCCUAGCUCGUCGGAGUUCCAACGAAUCCUAGCACAUGUGGCGGCUGCCUUCUUCCCCUCCCCCUCUGGCCACGUGAGUUCCGGCAACGGCAUCCUCCCUCUGGCAUGGUGCCCCUGCGCCUCCUUGGCCCGCCACCGUCGCCGCUAGGACCUCUAAGCCGCCUAGCCUCCUCCCCCAUUGUUUGGGCGGCAAGUCUCUCUCGGUCGGACCCUUCUAAGCCCAUUGAAUUUGGAGAAGAAAGUAUGGUUGUCUGAACAGCCGCACCAUCGUCAUCUUCUUCGGUCUUUAACCUGGUGUCGACGGCCCCUCUCCUCAUCUCCUUUUAUUCCUGUUGGCGUACCAGCCUCCUUCCUCUUCCUCUCCGUCGGGGGCGUGGGCGCAGCCUAAGGUCAUGCGGCGCGUAAUAAACUCCCCCCACCCGCGGCUCAACACGGAUGCGGCGCGCGGUCCGCACCCCGCCGAUGGCUCGGGAUGGGGUGGCGCGGCUCUACGCGGCGCCCCGUCCGGCACAGCUGUCAUCCGGCUUGACUGGACUCGCAGUCGGAAUUCGACUCGCAGUCGGGGUCGAUACACUACCGGGACUCGCAAUCGGAAUUCGACUCGUAGUCGGAGUCGAUACACAAGUCUGAUGCGAUGAAUUGGUUAAUGCAGCAACACACAUCCCCAUUUUCUCGCGCAUCACCGUCACCGACGUCUUCCACCUGAUCUCCUCGCCUCGUCCCCUGUCUAGGGCACGCAACCCGCCGUCGCCCUGCUUUACUCGUGAUGGCUGCCAGCAUAGAGCCCGCCGCCGCCGUCCGCGACCACAGCGCCGCGGUAAAGACCGGCCUGAAGAGGAAGCGCAUCGCCGUCGGGAGCACGGAGCAGUACGAGCUCGAGGACACCUGCCGGCUCGGCGCGGGUGCCUUCGGCGCCGUCUUCAAGGCGCGCCACCGCGCCACGGGCCAGUCCGUCGCCAUGAAGCGCCACAGCACGGCUGACGGCGGCCACGCUACGCUGCUCCGGGAGGCGCGCUUCCUCGAGGACGCGUGCUGCGGCGGCGCUAACCCGUUCGUCGUCGGCUUCCACGGCGUCGUCCGCGACCCGGUGACCUGGGAGAUGUGCCUCGUCAUGGAGUGCGUGGCCACCAGCCUCCACGACCUCCUCUGCCAGCGCCCCCGCGGGAGCCCGCCGCUGCCCGAGGCCACCGUGUGCGCCGCCAUGUGGCAGCUACUUUCGGGCGCCAAGAAGAUGCACGACGCCCACAUCAUCCACCGCGACAUCAAGCCCCAGAACAUCCUUGUCGACGAGGGCCAGAACAUCGUCAAAAUCUGUGACUUUGGGCUCGCCAUGUCAACGGACGAGCGGCCCCCGUACGAGCCGGCCGGAACACUGUGGUACCAGGCGCCCGAGAUGCUGCUGGAGAAGCCCGACUACGACGCCAAGGUCGACGUCUGGUCGCUUGGCUGUGUCAUGGCGGAGCUCGUCAACAACGGCAGGCCUCUGUUCCAAGGAUCCCACGACGACGGACAGCUCUGCGCCAUCUUCGAUGUGCUCGGCGUGCCUGACGACAACACGUGGCCGUGGUUCUCGUCAACGCCAUUCGCUACCGAGGUGAUGCCGGAGCUGGACAUGCAGCGGUACAACCUCCUGCGCUAUCUGUUCCCGGAGACGAAGCUGUCCACCGAAGGAUUUGACGUGCUCAGUGGCCUGCUCACAUGCAAUCCCGACAAGAGGCUGACAGCAGCCGCCGCGCUCAAGCACCCAUGGUUCGCCAAGGUCGAGGGUCUGAAGCUACCAAAGAAAGAGAAGCUUGCGUCCAUAUUGCCCAACCGACGCAAACGACUGAGGUUGCGUGCUGUGUGCGUGUGAAGUAAAAAAAUCUCUUGGUAAUGCCAAUCCUCUUGGUCUCUAGCAGAAGACAAACCGAGCAAUGAAGUGAAAAAUCAAAACAUGGGAAUUCAGGAAGAAGAUGGAUAGGCUACUGAUGAAGUGGAACAAGAAUGACAGAGAGUGAUGCAUGGUAGAAUCUGGAUCAAGGAAAGUUGCAACAAGAAGGAGCCAACUUUAAAGAGUCUAUGUUAGACUUAUUGAUGUGUGCUUGCUAGUUAAAUGGAUUGAUAAACUGGAGAAAGUGGUUGAUGGUCUAUGCUGUUCGAUGCUGAGAAAGAAGUAUCUUGGGCAGAAAAGUAUUUUCCAGGUCAAGAAUAAGCAAGGUUCUCAGUUCUGGAGAUCACUUUUAGAGUUGAGAAUGUGGUACCAAAGAGGUAGAGUGGUGGAAAUCAAGAGGGGUCAACAGACCAGAUUCUGGCAUGAUUGUUGGCUGGGUGUAUGCCCUUUGAAAAUUCAGUAUCACAGACUCUUUCAGAUUACUGCUAAGCCUGACAUAGAGGUAGCUCAAGCAUUUGUUGAGGGACAAUGGAGAUUCAGUUUAGAAGGCAACUCAAUGGGUCACUCAAUGAAUAUUGGAACCAACUUCAGGAAAUGUUGCUGGAAAUUACUCUUUGAGAAGGGACUUGAAAGUUCCAGGAAAUACUCUACUAGUUCUCUGUACAAGUUCAUGGCAUCAGGGGGCGUGAAAGAUAAUCAGAUGAUGACAAUAUGGAAAUGCAAUAUUCCUUUAGAGGUCAAGAUUUUUGUUUGGAUGGCAGUUCAUGAUAGAAUUCAAUCCAGGUUCAGUUGAAGAAAAAGCAGUGGUCUGGUCUGGAGAAAUGCACCAUUUGUGAUACACUUGAAACCAGCGACCAUAUUUUGUUUCAAUGUCCCAUCGCUAUCUUCUGUUGGAUCUUUCUUAGGAACACUUUAGGAUGGUGAAGGUGCUCUUUGGACGAUUUGGAAGGCUCGAAAUGACAUGGUGUUCAACAAGAAGGUGCUGUUGUCUCCGAUGGCGAUCAUAUACAAGACCCUGAUGCUGAUCAAGACAUGGCACCCUCUCCUGAAGGCGAAGCUGUGACCCAUUGCGGAUGAAAUGAUCAACUUGAUUGCGGCUCUCACUGAAAAGUUGUCGACUCGAUGAGAUGUAAUCUGGGUGUGUCCUUAAGUGUGAAAGUCUGAGUUUUUUUUCUUUUGGUGAGGGAGAAAGUCGGUAGAUGUUAAGUUUCUCUCUUUUAUGAUGCCUAAACUGUAAAACUGGUAUCCCCAGUUCAGGAUCUUUGGUGUUCGAUACGCUUUCCAAUAA